AGCAAAUAAUGCUCUCUGUUUUCCACCAGGCCCAGACCAGCGAUUGGCCGAGUCUGGUCCCGUGACCACGAAUUCCCUGCAAUUUCGCCAGAGUCCUGGGUUUAAUAGAGAGAGUCCCCAUACGCUUGUAUUUAUCAGCAAUAUACAAUUAUAAAGGCCCCAAAUUUAAAAAAAAGAGAGAGAGACAGCAAAAUCCCUCCCUCCCAAAAUCGCUCCAUCACAUAAACCUGGGGGGGGCAGGAGGGGGGGUCCCUUCCGAUCCUCCCUCCUGACGCCCCCCCCCAGCAGCCCCCCUCCCCCACCAUUGAAAGCCAUGAAUUUUGAAUUUGAGAGGGAGAUUGGGUUUAUAAACAGCCAGCCAUCGCUCGCCGAGUGUCUGACUUCCUUCCCCGCUGUCUUGGAGACAUUUCAAACUUCAUCAAUCAAGGAGUCGACAUUAAUUCCUCCUCCUCCUCCUUUCGAGCUAACCUUCCCCAGCCUCCAGCUCGGCGCCUCCACCCUUCAGAGACCCGGGAGCCAAAAGCGAGCCGAAGAUGGGCCCGCUCUGCCGCCGCCGCCGCCGCCGCCGCUCCCCGCCGCCCCCCUGGCCCCCGAGUUCCCCUGGAUGAAAGAGAAGAAAUCUGCCAAGAAACCCAGCCCAUCGGCCACGUCCCCUCCGGCCGCCUCCUCGGUCCCAGCCUCCGGGGUCGGCUCGCCCACAGCAGAUGGCCCGGGGCUGGCGGAGGCGGCCGGCGGCGGGGCGCGCAGGCUGCGCACGGCUUACACCAACACGCAGCUGCUGGAGCUGGAGAAGGAAUUCCACUUCAACAAGUACCUGUGCCGGCCGCGCCGCGUCGAGAUCGCGGCCUUACUGGACCUCACCGAGAGGCAGGUCAAAGUCUGGUUCCAGAACCGGCGCAUGAAGCACAAGCGGCAGACGCAGCACCGAGAGCCGCCCGACGGGGAGCCAGCCUGCCCGGGCUCCCUAGAGGACCCCGGCGAGCCCGCCCCGGAACCUGCGGCCAGCCCCGGCCGCCUCUCCGCCCCGCGGGCGGCGCGGGAAGCCUGCUCUCACCCGUCCGAGGUCGCGCCAGGCCCUCUGCGCGCUCCGUGCGCCCCGCCGUUGGCCUCUCGCCCGGACGGCGCGGGGACGCCGAGCCCCGGCGGCGCCCUGCGCGGGGCCCGCGGGCUGGAACCCGAGCUGUUGCCCGAGGACGCCUUCCCUGAGCGGCAGGAUUCGCCUUUCCUGCCCGACCUCAACUUCUUCGCGGCCGACUCCUGCCUCCAGCUGUCCGGAGGCCUCUCCCCCAGCCUGCAGGGCUCGCUCGACAGCCCUGCGCCCUUUUCCGAGGAAGACCUGGACUUCUUCACCAGCAGCCUCUGUGCCAUCGACCUGCAGUUCCCCUAACCGUCUCCUCCCGGCCUCUCUGCCCCCCACCCCCAGGGCCUCCCAGGACCCCCCAGCCCCCAAGUGGUUUAGACUUCUUUAGGUAUUUUGCUAAAAUUCAGGUAUUAUUGAAUUAGCGUUUAAUCCACGUCCUUUCUUCUCU